CGGUGUCCCCUUGCACAGGCGACCCCCCGUGUCUUGGCCAUCAGCUGGUAAGGAGCCUCCUUUGCCUGCUCGUGCUUUUUUAUGUCGUUUUUUGGAGGGUGUCAUCGCAGCUGUCCGAGGGCUAUCAUCCGUAGAAUAUCGUGAGUUGGAAGGGACCCCACAGGAUCAUCCAGCUCCCAGCUGCAUUCUUUUCCCUUACUCCAGAGCUUGUCCUUCUGCCUUUGUGUCCAGCUUACAAGAGUUAGCCUGGUUGACAUGCCAGUGGUUUCACUAUUUUCACCACACACCCCAUGUUACCCUCAGGAUGAGCAAGACUCUUUGCUCCUUGACCCACUGUAAAAAAGGCUCCUGGCAUGUGCACCUCGCCAGGAGACCCUAGUGGCCCUUCCAGCCCUGCAGCACAUGCUGCUCCUACUUCCCCUACUUCUUCCCCUUCCAAGUACCACAAACUCAAAAAGAGAACCAGCUUCCUUCCCAACAGUUUUAUUGCAAGAUUGUAGGGUAAAAAAGAAAAAUGUGUAAUAGCCUCGAUGUGUUCUCAAAAAUAACAGUAUUCCUUUGUUCUCCCCAGAUAUCUUUUGUAUGAUGUAAACCCCCCUGAAGGGUUCAACCUUCGCAGAGAUGUCUAUGUUCGCAUUGCUUCCCUUCUGAAGACCCUGCGGAAAAGCGAAAACUGGGUGUUGGUUAUGCCUCCCUGGGGCCGUCUUUAUCACUGGCAGAGCCCUGACAUCCUCCAGGUCCGGAUCCCUUGGUCUGAAUUCUUUGAUAUCCCAAGCCUCAACAGGAACAUUCCUGUCAUUGAAUAUGAGCAAUUCCUUGCAGAGUCAGGUGGGCCAUUUAUUGAACAGAUUUAUGUGCUCCAAGGCUACGCAGAAGGAUGGAAAGAAGGAACAUGGGAAGAAAAAAUAGAUGAAAGGCCAUGCAUUGAUCAGCUGAUGUACUCCAGAGACAAACAUGGCUACUACAGGGGCUGGUUCUGGGGUUACGAGGAAACACGAGGCCUAAACGCCUCUUGCUUGUCUGUCCAAGGAUCUGCCUCUAUUGUGGCUCCUAUCCUUCUGAAGAACACUUCAGCACAGUCAGUGAUGUUAGACAGAGCUGAAAACCUUCUUCAUGACCACUACGGAGGGAAAGAUUAUUGGAAUACCCGUCGGAGCAUGGUGUUUGCUAAACACCUCCGCAUGGUAGGAGAUGAGUUUAGGAAGAAAUACCUUCAAUCCACCGACGAGGUAGACAGGACUCAGUACAAGGAGGACUGGACACAGAUGAAGGUUAAGACUGGCACAGCUCUAGGUGGCCCAUACCUUGGGGUUCAUCUCAGAAGGAGAGACUUCAUUUGGGGUCACAGAGAAGAUGUGCCUUCCCUGCAAGGAGCAGUAAAGAAAAUCCACAGCCUAUUGGAGAGGCUUAAACUCGAAAAAGUUUUUAUAGCCACUGAUGCUGUUGAGGAAGAGAUUGAACUGCUCAAGAAACUGCUGCCCGAGAUGGUGAGGUUUGAAGCCUCUCUGGAGGAGCUGGAACUCUAUAAGGAUGGGGGCUUGGCUGUGAUUGACCAGUGGAUUUGUGCGCAUGCAAGGUAUUUUAUAGGCACCUCUGUUUCAACAUUUUCCUUUCGAAUCCACGAGGAACGGGAGAUCUUGGGAUUUGAUCCAAAAACAACUUACAACCGAUUCUGUGGUGAAACAGAGAAAAACUGUGAGCAGCCUACUCACUGGAAAAUUGUAUAUUAAGCACAGAGAAACACAAAGGUUUUUAAUACUGUUAGAGUUCAAAAUAAUAAGGAAGAAUGAUGGGGAAUUAUUUGCCUUGGAACAAAGUAUGACCCAGUCCUGUACUCUCAGCUCCUGCUCCCCUUCCAGCAUGGGUGUGACAUGGGGUAGCUGUACACUCCAGUGUCUCUGGACCUCACAGCAUUUCUAUGUGGCUGCUGCACCUGGGUCCCCAGUAUGUCCUGCUCUGGUUGCCUUCCUUGAGUGGUCCCAUGGUCGCACUGUAUUAGGAAUGGCGAUGGUGACAACACAGACUCUAAAGCUUAUUUGCAAAAGA